AUGGUUUUAUCGUCACGAGAUAUACCCAUCUAUGAGUCUAUUUCUCCAUUGAAUUCGUCAGAUUCAGAUGGGGAAGAUAUUUUUGAAAUCCAUCGAAAAAGGAUGAAUGAUGUGAGCAGAUUAUUAUCGCCCGAUAGGGUGCGAGCAUUCUUUCAACCUCGUAAAAGAACGUCUAUUAAACGUAAUCGAGAAGAGGCAGCACAACGGCUAUUCCGAGAUUACUUUGCUGAAAAUCCGAUUUAUCCACCAAACAUAUUUCAUAGAAGGUUUCGGAUGCGACAAGAGUUGUUUCUUCGCAUUUUGAACAGUGUUACAACAUAUGACGAAUGGUUCAUCCAGAAACCCGAUGCCCUCGGUCGUAUGGGGUUCACUCCUAUACAGAAGAUGAUUGCUGCAAUCCGUAUACUUACAUAUGGAAUUUCAGCUGAUCUUUGUGACGAGUAUAUAAAGAUUUCUGAGCGCAUUGCGAUCGAAAGCUUGAAGAGGUUUUGUGAUGCUAUAAUUGCUGUGUAUGCGGAGCAGUACCAACGCUCACCAAAUGCAGAUAACAUUACACGUCUGAUUCGAGAAGGGGAAGAGAGAGGUUUUCUAGGUAUGUUUGGCUCUAUAGAUUGUAUGCAUUGGGAAUGGAAGAACUGCCCCACAGCAUGGCAUGGCACGCACACUGGAAGAAGCCAUAAACCUACCCUCAAAUUGGAGGCCGUUGCAUCGAAAAAUCUGUGGAUUUGGUAUGCUUUCUUUGGUAUGGCCGGUUCACACAAUGACUUGAAUGUUCUCGAUCAUUCCCCAGUAUUCAAAAGCAUGAUCAAUGGUUCAAUGCCUCCAGUUAAUUACGUGGUAAAUGGACAUCGGCGUACAAUGGGGUAUUACCUAUCUGAUGGUAUAUAUCCUAAGUGGGCAACUUUGAUGCAGACCAUCCCACACCCAACAACAGUCAAAGAGAAAUUAUUUGCUAACAAACAAGAAGCUGUUGGGAAGGAUGUAGAACAAACGUUCGGCGUGUUGCAGAUGAGGUGGUCUAUAACACAUUAA